AUGCAAAAUGCUAUUGUAAAGCUUGAUAAAACAUGGAAAAAGCCAGUAACUAUUGCUUCUACUCAAACAGUAACAGGCCAAUUAGGUGUAUUACCUGCACAAAAAAAGACAAUACCUGAAACACAACAAUCUGAAAUUGAGUCACCUAAUAGAAUUUUAUACAUACAAAAUUUACCAUCAGAUGUCACUGAUGAAAUGUUAAGUUUCUUAUUUCAACAAUAUCCUGGUUUCAAAGAAGUUUGCCUUGUACCUGGAAAAUCAGAUAUUGCAUUUGUAGAAUAUGAAGCAGAUCAUAAAGCAACAGUGGCUAAAGAUGUGUUAAAUAGAUUCAAGAUUACACAUGAUAAAGAAAUGAAGGUUAUAUUUGCAAGAAGAUGA